GCAGCGAAAUAACAAGCGACGAGCGAUCUCAUCGUCUACGUCUACUUCGCCGUCGCCUGUAACCGUCCGGUGGUAAUUUAGCUUAACAAGGAAAAUGAGAAUCAAGCGAAUCGUGUUAUGUCUUGUAAUAGUCGCAGUGUCUUCAAUCUCCUAUGUCCGGUCCGAUCAGAUCUUCCCAGCUCAUCUAGUUGGAACAUUCAGCAGAAACAAUCGUGAACCAAAGUACAAGAUUGAGUUCCUUCCUGAAGAUUCACCUUUUCACCCGGGUGAGAAUUUGGAAUCUAUGGUUAUGAUGGAUAAGCAUGGGGGUAGAUUUUUAUGUUACUUACCAAAGGAGGAAAAGGCAACAAGUGGAUGGACUUCUAGUCAGCAGAAUAUUAGUACUGUGAUGAUGGAUACACACAAACAGGUGAAGCUAAGGACUCCUGAUGAAUUGCUUCAGUCACUUGAGAAAUGCAUUGUUAGACAAGAGGGUUGGUGGUCUUAUGAGUUUUGUCAUGAGAAAUAUGUACGGCAAGUACACACUGAUGACGAAAACAAGAUUGUUCAAGAGUUUUUACUGGGUACUUUUGACCCAGAGGCAACUGCGGGUUUUAACCAAACUGUAUCUGAUGCUUCUGAUGCAUCUCAGAGGUAUCACUCUCAUGUAUACACCAAUGGGACCACCUGUGAUCUUACUGGAUCACCUCGAGAAGUCGAGGUUAGGUUUGUAUGCGCAGAAACCAGGGCAAUGAUCACUUCGAUCACUGAGCUAUCCACUUGCAAGUACGCACUAACUGUUCAGUGCCCAACCUUGUGCAAGCAUCCGCUGUUCCAGCUAGAGAAACCAGUGUCACACACGAUCCAUUGUAACCCAAUUCCAGUGGAAAAAGACGUACAAAGAAACAAGGAAGAACAAGUCGUAGGCGAAUCACCUAAGAUGAUUGCUGAUUCUUGAAACCCGCUUAAGAGUAAGAGUUAAACAGCGAAUGUAUAUAUAUAUAAGAACUACAUUCUCGGUGUUACCUGCUGUCAUGUUCAUGGUUAUAAUUGCGAAUUCUUACCGGUAGGAUGAUGAUACUCUCUCUAUGUAACAUUUCUGCAUACUAAAAGCAGCAUUACUAUUGAAAGCACUGAUAAAAUUAGUUUUGAUUCAAAGACGGCAAUGCUUGAUUGA